AUGGAAACACAAAACACAGUUGACAUGCAAAGUUCAGGAGAGCCGGUGGCUGAGAGGAUCAUGGAGGCUGGUCAAAUGUCAACACUAUCUCCAGUACCAACGAGGCUGAUAAAUCUUCACCGUGCAACGGGAAUCCCUCCCACUGUGAAAGUGCUUAAUGGGGAAGUCACAAAGGAGAGGGAACUUGCUGUAGCUGGUGGAACAUACAGUGAUAUUUGGUUGGGAACAUGGCUGGGGGAAGAAAAGGUUGGCAUGCCCACUUUUAUUCUUGCCCACUUUUAUUAG